AUGGGCCGCGGCCGCAUCGACUGCUACCUGGACAUCGCGUCCUUUUACAGCUACGUCGCCUUUGUCGACUUGCUCAACAACCUCGACAAGCUGGCUGCCAAUGGGGUCCAGGUAGAGUUCCACCCCGUCUUCCUCGGCGGCAUCAUGCAGAGCACCGGCAACAGGCCGCCGUGGAUGGUCAAGGCCAAGGGCGCCUAUCUCUCGUGGGACUCUGCCCGCGCCGCCCACGCCGUCGGCAUCACGGACUGGGCCACGCCGCCGCGCCUGCUCGACAUGGCCAAGACCAUGUCGCCGCUACGCGCCCUGCUCUUCAUCAAGGCAAACCACCCGCCGCCCGUGCUGCACGCCGCCCUGCUCGCCCUGUUCCGCCGCUUCUGGACCCCGCCGCACGUCUUCCUCGGCGACGACGACAACCUCGCCGCCGCCCUGGCCGACGCCGCCGGCUCGAGCGGCGGCCCGGGGAACGGGGAGCGCCUCUUCGCGCCCGACGAGGUGCGCCGCAUCAUGGCCGGCCGCGAGGCCUUCAGGGACGCCCUCAAGGCCGAGACGGACAGGGCGCUCGAGCUGGGCGCUUUUGGCGCGCCGUGGCUGUGGGUGACGGAUGGCGCGGGCAAGGCUGAGCCCUUUUUCGGCAGUGACCGAUUCGCUCAGAUAUACCAGCACCUGGGCAUCGCGCACCAGGACGCCAAGGUGUUGGCGCCCGAGUCUAAGCUUAAUCGGCGUAUCCCGUCUGCCAACAACGCCAGAAUGCAACCCCCCGAACUGACGCUCAUCGUCGCCGCCACGCGCAGCAUGGGCAUCGGCGCCCACGGCUCCAUGCCCUGGACCGGCCUGCGCAAGGAGAUGCGGUACUUUGCGCGCGUCACCUCGCGUCUGCCAGCCCAGGCACCUCCACAAGCCGUCAACGCCGUCAUCAUGGGCCGCAAGACGUGGGACUCGAUUCCUGCAAAGUUCCGCCCUCUCAGGGGCAGACUCAACAUUGUCAUCACCCGCUCCGCUUCUCCCCCUCAGACUGCGACGGCACCAUCAGCAGCAGUACCGUCGACAUCGCCCAUCCGCGUCCCCUCCCUCGACGACGCCCUCGAAUACGCCCGCGCCCGCCAGGCCGACGGCGCCCUAGCCCGCGUCUUCGUCGUCGGCGGCGCCCAGGUCUACGCCGCCGCCCUCGCCCACCCGGCCACCCGCCGCGUGCUCCUCACGUCCAUCGACCGCGACUUGCACUGCGACACCUUCUUCCCCCUCAACCUCGCCGACGGCUCUGACGCUGCGCGGGAGUGGGUGCGCCGUUCGUCGGACCAGCUGCGGCAGUGGACGGGCGAGACGCUCAACGACGUGCGCCACGAGGAGAAUGGGACGUCGUACGAGUUUCAGAUGUGGGAGAAAGAGGAUUCGUGA